AUGCCUCAUCCACACUCACUCCGCCAUGGCGUCCAUCUGGGAAAACGUGUUCCGCAACUCCGCCCACACCGCAUCCCUGAAGAACGCCUGCCCUUCAUAUCAGUAUCGGACAGCCCGACUCUGGUGAAGAGGGCUCCUGCUGCAACCACAAGUUCAGGGUCAUAUCACUCCUGUGGGCCGAAUGACAAUUCAGCAGCAUGCGAGAAGCCGACCAGUAGUGUAGACACUGCUACACUACCCGUUGUGCUGGGUGCUGUAAUCCCCAUCGUCUGUGCCAUGAUCGUCUUGUUCUUCUUACACAGACGACACAUUAAGAAGCUGCGCAAUGAAGAUGCAAAUGACAAGCACAAGUCGCUUGAUUUCGGCAUGGAUGCGGUGGAGUCAGGUGCAGGAACAACACCCGGAAAGUCUGGAGGAGCCGAAAUGUCACAGGCUGAGAAGUCGGAUCGUAAAGGUGGCAAGGGAAUGUCACUGGACAUGAUGACAAGCCCCUAUCUUCUGCCACCAGGCCUGCAUGGCUCUCGAGAAUCCCUUCGAUCUCUUUCGAGGUCUAUUAGCAUUGACGAUGACAAGUACCGACAUGCAACAUCAUUCCUGGGUGACAAUGCUUCUGUGAGAUCGUAUUCGCACUUUGGCAAGGAUGAUGCUUCUAGCGUGGGAGGUGCCAGUAGGCUUGGAGGGGAUGAUAUGAACCAAAAUCUCCUGAUGAAUGCUCAGCGGAUGUCACAAUCGUCCCCGCCGCGUAUACCAAGGCACAAUGAUGCUGCAAACCAUCUCAACUCGGAGGAGCCUAGCAGGGAGCCUCGUUUGCCAUCGAUGGCCUUUAUGCCUCAGCAGAUGCCUAUUCAGAACACCAGCACACAGCAUGACGAGAGCAACGAUUACCCCCGCGAGGCCACUCAUGCAGAAUCUUCGGACCUCCCCGGACAGGCCGUGUCCACAACCGUUCAUUCGGCUGAGGCUGAAGUAGUCACUGAACAAGUCGUUGAAGAAGUCGCACAUCGGGAGUCAUCGCCAGAACUGAAGUCACCCUUCUCAGUCGAGAGCUUUUCUGCGCAGAUGGUAUCUGAUUCCUCUGCACCGUCCGAAUCCGUGCAACAUCAACCUCCAAGAAUCUCUCUCCCCUUCAGUGAUGCCGCCAGUGAUUAUGGUGAUAUGCCCAAGUUUGAUUCGGACAUUCCUGCUGUGAAUGUUAUGGCCGCGGAAGAGGAAGAGGGCAUGCAGCAGCAGCAGAAGAAGGAUGCCAGCGAUCAUCAUGAGCCAGCGUCAGAGCUGGCUCCUGCGGAAUACACCUAUGACACUCGUCGGCUGACCCUGGGCGUCCGGCCUCUGCCCCCUGAGGACCCAUCAGACAACCCUGAACAGCGUGCCAACCGAAUCCGAUCCUUCUACAAGGAAUACUUUGACGACAACAAGCAGGGACCAGAGGGAGCCUACUCUGAACCGUUUGGCCCCGAAUUCUAUGGAGAUGCCGCCGUCUACGACCCGGCCACUGGCGACAUCCUGACAGGACCCCCACGACCAUGGGCGGAGCCUGUCAGUCGCCGGGCUAUGACGCCGCCGCCUCGCGCGCCUCCGCGAUUCCAAGGCGGUGCCAGACAUAUGCCUACAGGUUCGGGCAGUGGUUUCAUGCCUCCGGGACCGCGCGCGUUCUCUUCAGCUUCUGGAAGGAUUCCGGGACCGCCCCGAGGACCGCGGAAGCCGCGUCCUCCGCCAGAGCCUCUCCAUGUUCUGCCCACUCCACACGCAUUGACGGACGACUCGAUGAUCCUCCCCAUUGAUUUUGCACCGCCCCAGACGUUCAAGGAUCGACAAGAAGGUCGACCGGAGAGCCCAAUGGGCGGGCUCCGGCCGUACUCCCCAGGAGUCAGGGCCCAUACCCCGCUGGUUUCUUCCUUCGACGAUCUUAUUGCUAUGCCUAGCCCACACGCCCUGCGGAAGUCAGGAACAUUUACGGCUCUCGACUUUGCACCCCCGCCACGUUUCAAGAACCAGGACACGGGGAGUGACGCUGGAAGCAUUCGCAGCAACCGGACCGGAAUCUCCACUACUCAUGCGAAUAACAUCCGUAUGGGUGCGUACCGUGUCAGCCGCCUUCCAGCCGACACCGUUGGCACGAUGGAUGACCUUGCGACCAGCCUGCGCCCCAAGUGGGAUAUGAAUAACCCCUGA